CUUUUGUUGUCCACCUGGACCUCGUCGGACCCCCCGUAUCGCUUGGUCGAUGCUCGCGUCAUGACCCCAGGUCGACGGGAUCACUCGUUGAGUUUAAGCAUAUCAAUAAGCAGAGGGAAAGAAACUUACCAGGAUUUCCCUAGUAACGGUGAGUGAACCGAGAAGAGCCCAGCUUGAGAAUCGGGUGCCUCCGACAUUCGAAUUAUAGUUUGGAGAAGCGUCCUCAGCGACGGAUCGGGCCCAAGUCCCCUAGAAAGGGGCACCGUAGAGGGGGAGAGCCCCGAUGUGCCUGGACCCUAUCGCACCACGAGGCACUGUUCAUGAGUCAGGUUGUUUGGGAAUACAGCCCCAAUCGGGUGGUAAAUUCCAUCCAAGGCUGAAUACGGGUGAGAAACCGAUAGCGAACAAGUACCACGAGGGAAAGAUGAAAAGGACUUUGAAAAGAGAGUCAAAUAGUGCUUGAAAUUGUUAGGAGAAAAGUGGAUGGGGGUCGACGAUGCGCCCCAGUCUGAUGUGGAACGGUGAGAGCCGAUCCAUCGAUCGGCUCGGGGCAUGGACCGACGCGGGUCAUGGCGAUGGCCUAAGCCCGAGCUUUCGACGUGCCCACGGAGAUGUCAUCGUCGUGAUCAUGGAAUGCAGCACAUGUCGUCUCGGCAUGCCUCGGCACCCGCGUGCUCCUAGCAUUAGCCUACGGGCUCCCCAUCUAGCCCAUCUUGAAACACGACCAAAGAGUCUGACAUGCAUGCGAGUCAACGGGCCAAAAAACCCGUAAGGCACAAGAAAGCUGAUU